AUGGAACCAGAGACUGCCAGCAAUACCCUGACUCAAAAGGAAUUCGUAGUUAAUCAGAACCAUAAGUUAAGGAAGAACUGAUGGGCUUCUCGUGCACAAACAGCUGGUAAUAAAUUCAAGCUUAAAAGGACAACCACAGGAGCAUCACAAGAUGCUAAAUUGAAAUCACAAGAAUCUGAAAACUCUCAAAAUGUAGCAAAGAAAAUACCAAGGCCAAAGUUUGGAUCUAAAAAUAGCUUUUAUAAAAGCCAGCCAUACCUGUUCGGGCCUAACUCCAAGCAGAAGGUUGGAAUAUACCAAGCUGCAGGCAUAAAGCCGACAAUAGCGACUCUGGAUACAGAGAAAUUCGAAUUCGGUUUCAAGGCGACUAGAAAAAGACCUAUUACAAGAAGCAAAAAGCGUAAAAAGACAAAAUCUGGCAAAAGAAAGAAGUUUAGUUUUAUGAAUAAUUAUAUUAAUGAACAGUAUAAAGAACUACAGAAAAAGGAGUCCCAGAAUACAUUUAUAAAGAUGCAAUUGUACAAAGAGAUUGGUAUACCUCCUUUACCGAUUGGGGAAAGGAAGCAAAGCAUGACUGUGGACAGAAGGGUUUCUUCAACUACUACUUCAACUAAAAUUCAGACGAAGAAAGAGAAUAUCAAAACAGUUGAUCCAGAGGAGCCUAAACUUGAGUUCAAUAAACAAUUAGGCCUGUUUAGGAGGAUUAGGCCAAAAACUCCAGUCGCAGCUGUGAGAUGAAACAAGCCUAAGCCUAAAAGAGCUUUUAGUGCCAAGCAAAGAAGGAGUAUUGAGCGGCCAGAGACUGCUGGAAGCAAUAAGCAUCACAAGCUUUUUACAAAAAUCAAUAUUGGCUCUAUCCAGCAAUUUGCAACCCAAGGAUGCGGAGAUGUCAAAGAUUAUGACCUAUCUUAUAAAAUUGGUAAAGGAGCAUACGCUACUGUAAGGCUAGCUCAUCAUUACCCAUCAAAUGAGAAAAGGGCUAUAAAGUUGUAUUAGACAGAUCAAAAUUAGUCGAUAGUACUCGUAAGCAAAGUCU